AUGUCCAAAUGCCGAACUGAAGGGAGACUGCUGAACGAUCGUCGGCCUAGUGGUUCCAUCCAGUCCGCCAAACCCGAGCCGCUCGCAGAGGUGGAACAAAAACUCCCGCUCGGGAUCAGUCAGGAACUUAGCAUGAAUAGGUCAUGGAUGCAUGCUGAUAGGAGGUCUUAUGAAUAUAAGUUAGGGGUGGCAGAGUUUUGUGAGUUUGCUUUGGAAAAUGCUAGAGACCCUAAUCGUAUUUGUUGUCCUUGCACAAAGUGUGGAAAUGUGAAAGAUUUUUCUGCUCAAGUGAUAAGGGAUCAUUUGUUUGUAAAUGGGAUUGACACGGGAUAUGAGAAAUGGACAGAACAUGGGGAGGUUGUAGUGGAGUCAGGAUCAGAUACAGAUAGUGAAAGCAUUGAUGAAACAGAGUCUAGUGAGUCUGACACUGUUCAGGGCAACAUGGGGGCAGAUUAUGAAGUACAAUUGGAUAGUGAUGUGGACUUAGAAGGCGAUGAGGAUGAGCAGCUUUCAAGUGAGUGCAAUGAGUUCAGGAAGUUUGUUGAUGAUGCCAACAAACCCUUGUUCCCUAGUUGCACUAGGCACACCAAGAUGAAUGUGCUUGUGAGGCUCUACAACUUGAAAGCAAAGCAUGGUAUGAGUGACGCGGCUUACUCGGACUGGCUGAUUGCCUUUUCUGAAUAUCUUCCCGUAGGAAAUGAGAUACCUGCUUCUGUCUACGAAGCAAAGAAGAUUUUGAGUGCAUUAGGAAUGGAUUACACCAAAAUACAUGCCUGCCCUAAUGACUGUAUUCUCUAUAGAAAACAGUUUUCCGAUGACAUUAUCUGUCCUACUUGUGGUCUUUCUAGGUGGAAAGUUUGCAAAAACGGUCAAGAAAAAGAGGGAGUACCUGCAAAAGUGUUGUGGUACUUUCCUCCUAUUCCCAGAUUCAAAAGAAUGUUUCAAUCAAUUGAAACAUCAAAGAAUUUAAUUUGGCAUGCUGCAGAGAGAAACAAGGAUGGCUUAAUUCGUCAUCCUGCAGAUUCAGCUUCUUGGAAGUUAGUGGAUGAAAAAUGGCCAGCCUUUGGUAAAGAACCACGAAACCUACGACUUGCAUUGUCGUCAGAUGGAUUCAAUCCCCACAGUUCAUUGAGCAGCAAGUACAGUUGUUGGCCCGUAAUUUUGGUAACCUACAAUCUGCCUCCAUGGCUGGUAAUGAAAAGAAAACACAUGAUGCUUACCUUAUUGAUAUCAGGGCCUAAACAACCGGGAAACGACAUUGACGUUUACGUUGAACCGUUAAUAGAUGAUCUGAAGUUGUUGUGGGAAGGAGUGAGUGGAGUUUAUGAUGCUAUUAGGAAUGAAACUUUUACUCUUAAGGCUUUACUAUUAUGGACAAUCAAUGACUUUCCAGCAUAUGGUAACCUUUCAGGGAGUAUAGUUAAAGGCUACAAUGCAUGUCCGAUUUGUCUUGAUAAAACAGAACCUACAAGGUUGGUUCACGGAGGAAAGAUGGCCUACACCAUUCAUCAACGAUUUUUAGGGAGACACCAUCCUUAUAGAAAACAAAAAGCUGCUUUAAAUAACCAUCCAGAACAUUCACCAGCUCCAGUUCCGUUGACUGGAGAGGAACUGUUGAGAAGGUUGGAAGAAGAAGUUCCACAAUGGCCUUACGGGAAGAAAUAUCCUCCUCCUACUUACAAAGGUGCUGAGGAUCAAACGAGGCCUUGUUGGAAGAAGAAGUCGAUAUUUUUUCAGCUUGAAUAUUGGAAAUAUCUCCCUGUUAGGCACUGCCUUGAUGUCAUGCACAUUGAAAAAAAUGUGUGUGAUAGUCUAAUAGGGACGUUGUUGAACAUUCCCGGAAAAACAAAGGAUGGACUGAAGACUCGGUUAGAUUUGUUGGAAUUGGGUAUAAGAUUAGGAUUGCAGCCCAAUCUAGAUGGUCCGAAAAAGAAGUGGUUGCCAUAG